GACGCGAGGAAUGGUACGAGACGCUGCUGAGCUUCCGUGACCCGCGAGGACAUUUUUGAACUUUCAUAUAUUUUAGAAUAUACUUGAGAAAGUGAACUCACACGUCUUUCGGCCAUGAGGAUCCUGAGCAAAGAAUUCCGCCUGCAGGAUGUCACCGUCAUGUACUUCACCGCCCUGGCCGCCCUCAUGGUCAUCCUCGUGGCUUCCUACCAGGCUCCCGCUCACAUCACAACGGUGGAGCUGGCCCGUCCUGACUCAGAGUCAUCAGAACCGUCGCCACCUGAGCUGCCAAUGCCCUUCCGGGUGCUACUGGACCCGCUCGGCAAGCUCCAGCUGGCGUGGAACAUCAGCUAUUCCCGCCAGGAGGUCUACAUGGAACUGAAGGUGGCCGAGCUGAAGCACGGCGUGGUGCUGGGUAUGUCCGAGCGAGGGGAGCUGACCGAUGCUGAUCUGGUGUUGCUUUGGGACUCUGGAAGUAAAAAUUAUUUUGGGGACGCCUGGAGCGACAGUGAGGGUAGAGUGACGCUGGACAGCCAACAAGACUACGAGCUGAUAGAAGCCAAAUGGAAGUCCGGAGGCUUCUACUUGCUCUUCAAGAGACCAUUUAGUACCUGUGACCCCAGAGACUACCUCAUUGAGGAGGGAACCGUCCACAUUAUUUACGGCCUCUUGGAUAAACCACUUGCCUCACCGGAGCAGCUCAACCUCUCUCGCAUCCAAAUGGGUCUUCAACGCAUCUUGAUGCUCCGCCCCGACACGCCGGCUCCCGCGCUGCCCCCUGACGUGCAGACGCUAGACGUGGUGUCGCCCGACGUGGUCAUCCCUACUCAGGAGACCACCUACUGGUGCUCCAUCCACAUGCUGCCUGAAAGAAUGCCCAAGAAUCACAUCGUCAUGUAUGAGUCGGUGAUAACGCCAGGAAACGAGGCCAUCGUGCAUCACAUCGAGGUGUUUGAAUGCUCGCCGGACGACGGUAACGUUCCCGAGUACAGCGGCUCCUGCGACAACAAGAUGGUGCCGGCUAAACUCAACUUCUGCCGACACGUUCUGGCCGCCUGGGCCAUGGGCGCCGAGGAAUUCUACUACCCUCCCGAUGCAGGCCUCCCUAUUGGUGGACCAGGUUCCUCACGGUUCCUCCGCUUGGAAGUCCAUUACCACAACCCUCUUCUUAUAUCCGGCAGACGUGACUCAUCGGGGAUAAGGUUACAUUACACCCCCAGUCUGAGGCGCGACGACGCCGGGAUCAUGGAGCUGGGCCUGGUCUACACACCUAUCAUGGCUGUCCCACCGAAACAACACGCCUUCUACCUCACUGGCUACUGCACCUCAAAGUGUACACGCGCUGCUUUGCCUCGUGGCGGCAUCUUCAUAUUCGCGUCGCAGCUGCACACGCAUUUGGCGGGCCGCGGGGUGCGCACCGUCUUGGUUAGGGAGGGCAAAGAGGUGGAGGUGGUGCAGCAGGAUCAACAUUUCAGCACCCACUACCAGACUAUUCGAGUUCUGAGGAAGAUGGCAAACGUUUUACCGGGUGAUGUCCUCAUAACAAAGUGUACUUAUAACACAGAGGAUAGGGACAAGCCCACUGUGGGCGGUUUUGGCAUCAUGGAGGAAAUGUGCGUCAACUACGUCCACUACUACCCUCGCACUCAGCUGGAGCUGUGCAAGACCCACGUGGACUUAGACCACCUACAGAAAUAUUUCAGCUUCAUGAACAGAUUCCAAGGAAAGGAUCAGUGUGUUUGUGGCGACGAAGGUGUGACAGAGCAGUACUCCAAACUCGAGUGGGACGGCUUUGCCACGCAGGUGCUGGAUUCCCUUUACAACACGGCGCCCAUUUCGAUGCACUGCAACCAAUCAACUGCGCGCCUCUUUCCUGGAGAUUGGACUAAGCAGACUCUACCUGUGGUAACCUCGACACUCAAAAAGCCGCCUUACCCUUGUGAGGUCGGUGCACGCCCCACCAGUCGCCCGGAUUUCCCCCCCAGUCUGAGCCAAGCCAAAGCGGGUUGA